UCCCCCGUAUUAUUGACGUCUCAACAAUGCUCUUGAGCUGCGAUUGAACCCAUUAAAAAAUUCUAACGGGUGAAAAAUAAGUUUUCAAUCAUGGAGAGUUAUCAUUUAUUCGCUUGGGGUGCCAAUUCUCACGGACAAUUAAGCCUCGGUUAUGAAUCCGAACAGUCGCAGUUGCCCGAAGAGAUAGAUCUCUCUAAAACAAGCCUGAAUCCGUCGAGAAUAUCAAAAAUAGUGGGUGGUGCAGGUCACACACUGAUUCUGGAGGACACAGGUAAACUGUACUCGUGUGGCUGGAACAAGAAGGGCCAAGCGGGAAUUCCCCGGGCAAAAAUAAUCCUCAAUUUGCAAACAAUUGAUGCUCUCAAGAACGUAAGAAUAAAGGAUGUGGCCUGCGGGUGGGACAGUUCGAUUGCACUCGCUGACAACGGUCAAGUCUAUACCUGGGGCUCCAAUUGUUUCGGACAAUUGGGCAGAAGUGCCAGUGAAUGGACAAGUGUACCCGAUAAAAUAGACAUUGCCUCGAGAGUCAAGAGGAUUGCAAUGGGUUUGCGACACUCCAUUCUCCUUACUGAGGAUGGCUGUCUAUUGGUGGCCGGUGCAGGUAGCAAAUUUCAACUUGGGAUUAUCGAUGCAAAUGACGAGACUGUCCGACAGGCGGGCGCCUUUCUAUCUGUUCCAGGUAUAUCAGGAAUCAACGACAUCUCCUGUGGGCAAUAUUUCAGCACAGCUGUCGGGAAUGAGGGGGUGAUUUACACGUGGGGGGAUAACAAGUGGGGUCAAUUGGGGGCUGAUGUUAAUGGGGUCAAGAGUCAGAAGGUUCCUUUGCAACUGAGUAGAGAGAUUGAGGGGAUUAAGACGUUGCGAUGUGGGUGGACACACACGGGGGUCCUCACGAGGGAUGGGCAGGUUUUCACGUGGGGGAGGAACACUUAUGGGCAGUUGGGCCAUUCUCGUCAAGACUCUCCUUGGAUUCCGAGGCAUCUGAGUGGCCUCCGAGAGAUUGAACAACUGGAGAUUGGAUCCGAACACAAUAUUGCACUCAACACUAAAGGAGAUAUUUUCUCCUGGGGCUGGAACGAGCACGGAAACUGUGGAAAUGGACACACAGAAAACGUCUGGUCCCCGCAGAGAAUAUCGAUUCCCAGGGGAUAUAAAGGAGUUUUAAUUGGCAGUGGUGCAGGUCACUCCUUCGCAGUUGUGAAAAAAUUGAUUUAAUCCGCAUUAAAAAAAUU